AUGCCACUCUAUGCCAAGUUCCUGAAGGAGCUGAUGACUAAGAAGAGAAGCUGGAAGAACAAUGAGACUGUGAUACUAACCGAAGAAUGUAGUGCUAUCAUCCAGCACAAACUACCCCAGAAGUUGAAGGAUCUUGGGAGCUUUCAGAUCCAUUGUAUUAUAGGGGAAAUCACAGUAGAGAAGGCCCUUUGUGACUUAGGAGCCAGCAUCAAUUUGAUGUCAGUAGCAAUGAUGAGGAAGAUGGAGAUUGAGGAGGCUAAACCAACAAAAAUGGCCUUACAACUGGCAGACCGAUCGUUCAAGUUCCCUCAUGGCAUAGAGGAAGCCAAGACCUCCAUUAUUCUGGGAAGGCCGUUCUUGGCUACUGCUGGAGCUAUCAUUGAUGUCCAAAAAGGUGAUCUUACCUUGAGAUUACACAAUGAAAAGAUGACAUUCAAUGUGUUCAAGGCCAUGAGUUACCCACCAGAACAAUUGGGGGAAUGCAUGAGGUUAGACGCACUUGAAGAAGAAGCGCAUGAGUGUUUUGAAGAAGAAGAGCAUGAAGAACCCGAGAGAUCAAUGGAGGAGAAGUAUAUAUCAAGUGAGGAUGUUGCAACAGCAGAGAGUCAUGUUCAAGAUGCACCAAAGGAAGAGACUGAAAAGUCAGAGGCACCCAAGGUUGAACUCAAAGCAUUGCCACCCACUCUCAAAUAUGCAUACAUAGGAGAAAAUAAAAACUACCCAGUGAUCAUAAGCUCAUGCCUCAGCCAAGAUCAAGAGGAUGAACUGCUCAAGGUGCUGCGGGAGCAUAAGGACGCCAUCGGAUUGACCCUUGCUGACCUGAAGGGAAUCAGUUCAGCUAUAUGCAUGCAUAAAAUACUGUUGGAAGAUGAUGCAAAACCAUCCAUUCAAUCCCAAAGAAGGCUGAACCCAAUCAUAAAGGAAGUGGUACAGAAAGAGGUUAUGAAGCUUUGGCAAGGAGGAGUAAUAUACCCGAUCUCAGACAGCCCUUGGGUCAGCCCCGUGAAUGUUGUGCCCAAGAAGGGAGGAAUCACUGUGGUUCCCAAUGAGAUGAACGAACUGAUACCUACAAGGACCAUCACAGGAUGGCGGAUGUGCAUUGACUAUGGGAAACUCAAUGAAGCUACACAAAAGGAUCAUUUCCCUCUCCCAUUCAUGGAUCAGAUGUUGGAAAGACUCGCAGGACAUGCUUAUUACUAUUUUCUUGAUGGAGGAAUAGUUCUUGGCCAUAAGAUUUCUAACCAAGGAAUUGAAGUGGACAGGGCUAAAGUGGAACUCAUUGAAAAGCUUCCUUCACCCAGUGAUGUCAAGACAAUUAGAAGCUUUUUAGGGCAUGCUGGCUUUUACAGAAGAUUUAUUAAAGAUUUUUCAAAAAUAGCUAAGCCCUUGAGUAAUCUCCUUGUAUCAGAUACACCAUUCAUCUUCGAUGAAACCUGCAUGUUGGCAUUCGAGCAUUUGAAAGAAAGAUUGUCCUCUGCCCCUAUCAUCUCCCCACCUGAUUGGAACUUACACUUUGAAUUGAUGUGUGAUGCAUCUGACUUUGCAGUAGGGGCAGUGUUAGGGCAGAGGAAAAAUAACUUAGUCCAUGUAAUAUACUAUGCUAGCAAGGUCUUCAAUGAUGCUCAAAGGAAUUAUACCACUACUGAAAAGGAAUUGCUAGCCAUAGUUUUUGCAUUUGACAAGUUUAGAUCGUACCUCAUUGGUGCUAAAAAGUUUGAUAUUGAAAUCAGAGACAAGAAGGGAGUGGAGAACACGGUGGCAGAUCACCUAUCCAGGAUUCCUUAUGAGGAAGGGGGAACAUAUGAUAUGAGUGUGAACGAGCUCUUCCCUAAUGAGCAGUUAAUGACAGUGCACAAAGCCCCAUGGUUUGCAGACAUUGCCAACUUCAAGGACGAGCCUUAUCUCUUCAAGAAGUGUUCAGAUGGAAUCCUUAGAAGAUGUGUCUCAGAAGAGGAAGGACGAGAAGUACUAUGGAAUUGCCACGGCUCAUGCUACGGAGGCCACUUUGGAGGGGACAGGACUGCAGCAAAGGUGUUACAAAGUGGAUUCUUUUGGCACACCCUUUUCAAGGAUGCCAAAGAAUUGGUAAGGAGCUGCAAUGAAUGCCAAAGAUCUGGGAACUUGCCCAAAAGAAAUUCCAUGCCACAGAAUUUCAUUUUGGAACUGGAAGUAUUUGAUGUGUGGGGAAUAGAUUUCAUGGGACCAUUCCCAACCUUAUAUGCAAACAAGUACAUCUUGGUAGCAGUGGAUUAUGUGUCCAAAUGGGUAGAGGCCAUUGCAACCCCAACAAAUGACAACAAAGUGGUCAUGAACUUUCUCAGGAAGAAUAACUUAGCCGGUUCGGAGUCCUAA